ACUUGUAGCAGCAAACAAAUCCUCCUUAUAAAUAGGAGAAAACAAAUCAGCCCCCCAUUUCUCAGAGGAAAAACAACAGCUACAUUCUUCAUUAAUUAAACAAGAAUUAGGGUUUUCAACAAAAGGAGAAACUAGAAGCAAAUCAUGCCGAAGAACAAGGGAAAGGGGGGUAAGAACAGGAAGAGAGGGAAGAACGAAGCCGAUGAUGAGAAAAGAGAACUUAUUUUCAAAGAAGAUGGACAAGAAUACGCUCAGGUACAACGUAUGUUAGGUAACGGACGAUGUGAAGCUACAUGUAUUGAUGGAACCAAACGUCUCUGUCAUAUUCGUGGUAAAAUGCAUAAGAAAGUUUGGAUUGCAGCUGGUGACAUUGUUCUCGUUGGCCUUCGUGAUUAUCAGGAUGAUAAAGCUGAUGUUAUCCUGAAGUACAUGCCAGAUGAGGCCAGGCUGUUGAAGGCAUAUGGAGAGUUGCCGGAGAACAUUAGGCUCAAUGAGGGUGUUGCUAAUGUAUUGGAUGAAGAGGAUGAGCGCGAUGUUGAUGAUUAUAUUGAGUUUGAGGAUGAGGACAUCGACAGAAUUUAAAGUUCUUGCUACUUAAUUUUUUUUGUCUUACUAAUCUUUUAUGGGUGUUUAAUUCUCUAUGAUUGAGAGCUUAUAUGUAUGUUAAAAGAAACAUAUGAUCAAGCUUUAUGCCAUUUAGGUUUCUCUUAUGAAUAUUUAUGCUUCCAUGAUACGGAUACAAUAAUAACGAGUUACUAUAUUUUUUCGGAUUA